CCGCAGCACGCUUUUGUUCAAACUCAGAAGUCAGAUAGUCGCUCCUUUUCAGAGGUGUGCUUUCUUCUUACUUUACCCAGAUGUGUUUAUCAAACGCUGACACAUACAGUGUCGCUCUUGUCCAGCGCAUUCAACUCGAUGUAUUUUUAACAUUCAAGCGUCAGUUUUGGAAACUAAAUGCGUGUUGUUGUUAGUGGUUUUUUUUUUUUCUUUUUUGUACUUUGGUCGCGUGAAGUCGUUCAAGUAAGGACAGCAAGGUGUCUUGUCUUGAACUGGAUUCCUGGAAGAAGAGAGGAUUUUGCUUAAAACCAGCUGUCGUUGGAGCAUGGCUUCUGUCAUGUACACUUAGUUGACACUUUACAUGUUCGUUGUCAGAGAGGAGAAUUUACUCUUAUGCUACCUUUCAUCCUCCUCGCUGGAUAUCUAUGGAGAGGGGGGUCCUGUAUCCUCUCACGCAGCUGUUGGAAUUACUUGCGGCGGCCAAGGCAACACCGUGAGCGUUGAAUUCACCGACCUGGAUAGCAGAAGACGACACACUUAACCUCAUUUGAAUGCCUUUGCAAGGAGUUUGCUGGUUUCUGUGCUGCAGGCAGGGCUUCAGUUUGCUCGGACGGGACUAUGGGGAGAAAGAGGAGGAAGAGUCUUUUGAAUUGCGCAACAAGGACGACUUGACUCCCAAUGGACGGAGUCCAGCUGAGGUGACUGUUUCUCAACCAACUCGCACAGCCAAUGGAACAAAUGGGCACACGGUCUCAGAGGUGUCUGAGGAGAUGAAGAGCCUGAUAAUUGAGAAGAAUAAGAUGGGCCUGGUGGAAGACCCAGAACUGGUGGUCAAAGGGUGGCUGUUGCGGGAGGUGCAAGGCAACUGGAUCAAGCACCGUCGGUACUGGUUUGUGCUGAGCCAGGACUCCCUCGACUACUACAGCGGACCAGAGAAAGGAGCGCGCAGACUCGGCACGCUGGUCCUCACCAGCCUCUGCUCUGUCAUCUGGCCAGACAAGCAGACAUACAAGGAGACGGGCUACUGGAGCAUCACAGUAUAUGGGCGAAAGCACUGCUACAAGCUGUACACCAAGCACUUCAACGAGGCUGCGUACUGGGCGUGUGCCAUCCAGAAAAUCAUUGACACAAAAGCACCAGUGGAGACACCAACACAGCUCCUAAUUCGAGACAUCGAGGAGAAUAAGUUCCACCCCGAGGUAGUGGAGCACAUCUACCAGCACAAUCCCAUCCUGAAGUACACACAGGACCCCCUAUAUGCUCCUCUGCUGCCCUUCCCCUACGGCAGCCUGGAGCACACAUAUCACAGCGGAAAAGGCUACGGCUCGGUGCGCGAAGAGGCCGUGAAGCUCUUCAACUGCCUGCAACAGCUGGAGUCGGCCCGGGAGCCGGUUCCCAUCAUCCAGGGCGUGCUGCAGACCUGCUUGGACCUGCGACCCCUCCGUGAUGAGGUCUACUGCCAGCUGGUGAAGCAGACGAGCUACACGCCUACACCGUAUACUGCCGCACACCUCCGCUACUGGCAGCUCCUCACUUGCAUGAGCUGCACCUUCCUGCCUGGGCCCACCGUACUCAAGUACCUGCGAUUCCACCUCAAGAGGAUCCAGAGCCAGAGCCCUGAGUCUGAGAUGGACAACUAUGCGUCAUUCAUCAGCGAGGCUCUGGAGAAGACAAAGUGUCGUGAGUGUGUGCCAUCCUGGGAGGAGAUCCAGAUGCUGAUGAGCCGACAGGAGAUGCUGUGCACUGUGCACUAUCCUGGCCCCGGAUCCUGCCAGCUUUACAUCAGCUCGCACACUACUGCCAAUGAGGUGGUCCGAAGGAUGCAAGAGAAGCUGGGCCUGCAUGAGAGCAAAAACACGUUUGCACUGUACGAGCAGAAUGCACUGUGGGAGCAGCCGGUUGCAGGCGGUGCUCUGGUGGCAGACAUCCUGACUAGGUUUGAAAACCUCUCUGCCAAAGAGACAGAGUCUAAAGCCCAGUGGAAAUUGUGUUUCAAGCUCUACUGCCUGUUGGAUGCUGACAGCAUAUCAGUGGACAGCAUAGAGUAUCUUCUUCUCUUUGAACAGUGCCAUGAAAUGGUGGUGCGUGGCCAGCUGCCAGCUUGUGAAGAAGACCUGCAAGCCUUAGCCGCCCUGAGGCUUCAGUGUCUGAUGGGUGACUUCAGCACACAUGCUCCCUGCCCAUCUCUGGACGAGCUUUUCCCAAGUCACAUGCUAGAGGCCCGAGUCCUCAUGUCCAUUUCUGCACCCCAGGCCUUGCCUCCUUGUCAGGUGGCGGCUCAGGGCUGCCCCGCUACGCAGCGCUUCCCCUCGGGCCUCUUGGCAGGAGCACUGUGGAGCCACACAGCUACAGCAGCACACAAGCAAAAGGUGGAGCAGGACAUGCGUCUGCGGAGCCGGCUGAAGGAGGAGGCCGCGGCUGUCAUGGGGUCCAUUUUGGAGCGUUGGAAAGGUCUGGCUGGCUACAGCCGCAGGGACAGUAUGGCUGCCUACCUCACAAUUGCACGUCAGUGGUCAGGCUUUGGAUGCACUCUUUAUGAAGUGGACUUCUAUAUUAGUUCUACAGGAAGUUUUUCCCAGAAAUUGUGGUUGGGUGUUGCUGCUACAUCGGUGUCUCUGUAUCGGCAGGGAGAAGCAGAGGCCCUGGAGUCCUUCCCUUAUGGCCAAAUCUGUUCCUAUGGUGUAUCUGAUAGCAACACCUUCAAAAUCACAGCUGGGGAUCGGGAUCUGCUGUUUGAAACCACCAAGCUGACUGAGAUCAUGCAGCUGAUGAAUGCAUAUUUCAGUGCCAUCCAUAGCCAGCAAGGGAAAGGGGAAGAUGCAGACAUCACCAUAGCAGAACGCACAGAGGUGGGAUUCCAUCACCUGGCCUCCACACUGACACCCACCCUGCUGGAGCUGCCCUCGCACUCCGUUUGAAAGGAACCCAUACCCACCCCUCACCGUCCUCCUCCACGUGGCCCCUGUGAGGCCCAGCCCCAGUCCUCAGGACAACAUGCCUCCUCCACUGGGAACAGCACGGCAGCCAAAACAAAGAGAGCGCUGUUUUCACUCCCCAUCCGUGAAAAUAAACCCUUGCUGAGCUUUCCAGCUGAAGGAGCUGGCCGAUGGAGGAGGGAGGUGGGGGCGGCGGGGAGGGGACGGGAAGGCAAGGAGUUCUGUUUUGCAAGGGAGGCCAGAAACCCACAGAAACCAAUGCGGUUGCUGAUGAGCUGUCACACACCCUCCACCUCAUCCUGUCACGCAACCACCUCUGUUACCCUACAUGGCAACAACCCCCCCACCACCAACACCACCACCAACCGCCCUUGACAAUGUGAGUCGUUGGCGUGAGCCUCGCUGCAUCAGGGAGAGAUAGAGUUAGGACUUAAUAGCAACAAUAAGCUGUGGUACUCCCUUCGUGAAGGUAUGGCUUAGAAUGAAAACACUACUCACUCUCUUCUUUCUCCCUCUCUAAGUGUGCCAUAUUUGUAUUGCCUUUCCUAGAAGGCAGUCCCUCAUGCACUGCUGGAAUAGUGUUGAGAACAUUCAGUGACACACAUGCACACACCCUCCCGUCUGGCUCUCUCUUUCUCUUUCACACACACUCGCUCACUCACUCACCCACUCUCUCACGUGCCCUUAUGCUGACAUGUUCAGAGACGGUCAGUUUUCAUAAGGUCUCUGCCAGGCUUGCAUUACCUGGAACUGUUGAUGCAGUGAGCCAUGUGAACUUGGAACUGGAAACAGAUGUUGAACUCUGUAGCUAAGUCACUUUGGCUGCCAUGGCCAUAUAGACUCUUACCUAUGGGGAUUUCGUGUGUGUGUAUGUGGGUGCGUGUGAGUCUGUCUGUCUGUGUAUUUGAUCAAGAAAACCAUUUCCUGGAUGACAUUCAGGAUCUGAGUUAAUUGGGUUUCACAUAAACCAAAGGAUUUUUUGGAGCUGUUUCUACAUUGUUUCCACCAAAUGCUCUCAUGCGUCCUUUGUUGUGCUGCUUGUCUUGGCUGUAAUCCUUGACACGAAACUUGGUUAACACUUGACUGAUUAGAUAGUUUUGCUUACAUCAGUUAUUAUCCUAAUGCAGCUCUACUCUGCUGAAAAUAACAGGUGCUUCUCUGUUUGUUAUUGUUAUUUUCACAAUUUGUAUAUAUAAUGGAAGAAAUUCAGCUUAAAGAGUACACAUAACCCCCCCCAGAGAUCUGUAUCAUUUAAGAAGAUAUUUAGCAAUCAGUUCCCUAUCUGUCCCCUGCAUUUUUUUUUAUUUAUGCUUCUUUUGUUACUGUUUUUUUAUGUCUUAACUGCAUACCCACAUGUGUUUUGAUAACCAGAAGCCAUAAAUGCUUUUGGUUCUGCUCCUUGAAGCUGUUCAGAUGUGUAAAUCCUGUGUAGCUCCUUCUUUGUGUUCACUGUUUGAGUUUUCUUGUGAAGCCAAAGUUUCGCCAAGUCAUGGGUUUGAGGAUGGACCAAAGAUGUGCUUUUUUUAAAAAAAAAAAAAAAAAAAAAGGAAAAAAAGGAGAAGAAGAAGAAAAAAAAGCUUUUAUAACAAGAAAUGAUCCCAAAGCAGACAGAUCCCCUGAUUUAUAUUUGACUCACAUUUACUUAUUUCUUUUCUUGAAACUUGAAUGUCAGACAAAAUAUGAAGACAUCCUGUCGUAUGCUUUGUACACCUUUUGUUGAUGUAUUAGACGACCUUGUAGGAAUCUGAGACCAUAGAUAGGCCUUGUAAAUAUAGUUUUUAGAGUACUGUCUGUCUACUAAAUGACCCUUUGCUAUAACCAGCCUCAAGACUUAAAACCUCUCACCAUGAAAGGCCUUGACGAGUCGUUGCACAGUCAGCCCUGACUCCUGUUCUGAAGCAGGUCUUUGCUUUUUCUACUGCAGCUGCAGGCAGCUCUGAGCUACAUGUACGAAAAGAAAAAAAAAAAAAAUCAAACUGCGGAUAUUGUUGCUUUGUAUUAAGCUUGUUUGUA